UCUACAAAAAUAGAGUUUUUUUUCUCCAUUUUUGACAGAGAAGAAGAAAAAGCUAAGGGCCAAUACCAUCCCAUCAGGGCCGGCCACCGCCGAGCUGCGUCUGAAGCUGGUGGGUGGUUGGGUGUUAGGGCUUUUUGUGUUCGAUUUCAAUCAAUUCGGAUUGGGGUUUCUAGCUAUCGGAUUGGAUUGGAUUAAUUAUAAUUUUCCCGGAAAAAUUACUGGACCUUUAGAUCCGUCGUAACGCUCGGAAUUUUCCGUGUACUGCAGGGAUGGGUGGUUGUCUAUCAUGCCAUAAUAAGCCCAAACCAAUUAUUUUAGUGGAUACACCGCCAAAAGGACUGUCAAAUCGUGCUCAGACAGUGAAGAAACCUAGCAUAUCAGAGGAUUUUUGGACCAGUAGCACAAUUGAUAUUGAAAACAGUGCAGUUAUGUCACAGGGAAGUAUCUCAUCGAUCAGCACAAGCAACCAGACAGUUGAUCCCAAUAAUGGUGCUGGCGCUAACACCCCUUCCGAAUUUGUAAAUCAUGGUCUUCUUCUCUGGAACCAAACUAGGCAGCGUUGGGUAGGGAAUAGAAGGUCUGAGAGCCGUGUGCAGCAGAUUCGAGAACCCAAAUUAAGCACUUAUUCACUCUGCAUGGUUAAAUCAUUCUGGCUUUGCAGUUGGAACGCAACAUAUGAAAGUUUACUAGGGAGCAACAAGCCUUUCCCGCAGCCUAUCCCUCUUGGUGAAAUGGUAGAUUUUCUUGUUGAUAUUUGGGAGCAAGACGGGAUGUAUGAUUGAAGAGUAGAGGCGGUUUGGUAGUUGUGAAACUGGUCCAGACUUUUGUUAGAAUUGUUGUUGGUUCGUUGGGGAAUGGUUGAUGGAAGUGACAAAGUGGCUUGUAUAUCAAUGUAGCAUAUAUAGCAUGCCCCUUCUAGAUAUCAACCGUCGAGGCCUUUUAGAUGUGCCCUUGUAUUGCAUUUUGAAACUCAAUUAUGGAACUAGCUCUCUCCGCCGUCCAUGGCGGCAGUUUUGCAAAAGUUCAUUCAUCUUAUUUUUGGGUCAUUGUCUAUUUGUUAUUGGCUUCUUAAUAUGGAAAGCUUCCAACGUUUUCUUUUAA